UGACUGAUUAUCCAUCCGACCAACUGAAUCCAGAGAGAGAAAUUCAAAGUCUUUCUCUAGAGAGAGUGAAAAAACCCCCAUAGCUCUGCUUUCUUUCUUCAAUGCACAUCCAUAACCAUACACGCAGAUUUUAGAUAGAUUUCCAUAUCUAAUUAUCAGGCUUAUAUAUAUCACCGACUCAAUCUUCGUUUCUCUCAUCACAAAAAAUGGUGUCUCAAACAAUUGAUCUGUUGAAGAACGAGCUUGUGGUUGACCAGGAGUCUCUGGUCGUCGCCGGGGAUGUCAACACCGGUCUGGUUCUCGUAGACGUCGUUAAUGGCUUCUGCACCGUCGGAGCUGGACAUUUGGCUCCAACAGCGCCUGAUAAACAAAUUUCCGGAAUGGUUGAUGAGUCAGUGAGGCUUGCAAAGGUGUUCUGUGAAAAGAAAUGGCCUGUUUUCGCUUUUCUUGAUUCUCAUCAUCCUGAUGUCCCCGAGCACCCAUAUCCUCCUCACUGUAUAGCUGGAACAGAUGAAUCGAAAUUGGUUCCCGCUCUGCAGUGGUUGGAAAAUGAACCAAAUGCAACACUCAGGUGCAAGGAUUGCAUUGAUGGGUUUCUUGGUUCGAUUGAGAAAGAUGGCUCUAAUGUUUUCGUAAAUUGGGUGAAGACCAACCAGAUCAAAACUAUACUGGUUGUAGGGAUAUGCACAGAUAUAUGCGUGCUGGAUUUUGUAUGCUCUGCAUUGUCGGCAAGAAACCGUGGUUUUCUUGCCCCUAUGGAGAAUGUGAUUGUGUAUUCCCGCGGAUGUGCUACUUUUGAUCUCCCUGCUCAUGUAGCCAGUACCAUCAAAGCUACACCUCAUCCGCAGGAGCUGAUGCAUCACAUUGGCCUUUAUAUGGCCAAGGGAAGGGGAGCAAAGGUGGUGUCUGAAGUGUCGUUUGAUACACUCUAGGGGCCAUAAUCUCGACCCUCUCUGUGAAUAUUCUGGAAUGCAAACUUCUCGUGUUUGAAGGGCUUAUAGUGUAUAUGGCUGUUCUAUGUGUAAUUUUUAACUUUCUGUGUGAUGUGUGAUGUGUGAUGUGUGAUGUGUGAUGAUGGUACUAAGAAGUAUACAAUGUACAAAUGUCCUUAUAUCAAUAAUACAUGGUUCUCAUGUUUGGAGGGUGUGUA